AUGGCAACCGAAGAUGCGCGAUACCGACUUUCAACGCAGUAUCGACUGUGGUCCUUUUCUCCGGCCAAGCUAGCGGAACUGCGAGAACAGACAAACUCUCUGGCAAAAACAAACAUCACUAGUCGCCUUGUGGAAACGAAACGCGUGGACCUCGAUGCGGCCGAUUCGAUGCCCGAGUUCUUGACGCCUCCCGAGGAGACUCAGUUGCUCAAGUUCUUUACCGUCGAAUUGAUUCGCGCAGCCGACUUCUGUGGUCUCCCAACAGAGGUCAGAGCGACUGCGACCGUCUUCCUCCGCCGAUUCUAUGUCACCAACUCCAUCAUGACAUACCCUCCUCAGGACAUUCUCAAGACCUGUUUAUUCUUCGGAAGCAAGGCUGAGGGAUUGUAUACCCGUCUAGCCAAGCUGGCCGACAAGUUCCCCAACACAACCGAGGAGGAGAUUCUAGCAGGGGAGUUUCUGCUUUGUCAAGGAGUUCGAUUCGCCUUCGACGUCAGGCAUCCGUUCCGCGCAUUGGAAGGAGCGAUCCUGGAACUUCGGCGCCAUGCCGACCUUGAGCGAAGUCGAAUCGACGCCGCCCAUUUCCGUGCCCGAGCGUUCCUCAAGUUCAGUUCUCUCGUGACAGACGCCUACUUGCACUACACACCGAGCCAGAUCAUGCUUGCCGCACUUUCUUUGGCUGACCGAGGGCUGGCCGAGAAACUCGUUCAGAGUGCCUUUACUCCUGCUCAAAAUGGCAUAGGGAACGAAGGCGCCAAGGACCUCGCCCGACACGACAUACGUGACAAGGUGAUGGGAACAAUCGAGGCGUGCAGGGAGCUGCUGGCGACCGAGCCGCCCGAGAGGUUGGACGACUACUGGGGAACUGUUGAGGCCACGAAGGUAAUCAAACCUCUGAUACGAAAGCUGAAGAAGUGCAGAGAUCCCGAUCGCGCAGAUCUAGUGGCUCUGCAAAAGGCUCGACGAGAGUUGGCUUCGCAGAAGGAGACGCGCAGACCCAAAGCUGAGGCUGACGGGUCCGUGUUCGGCGGAAACGGCGGAGUGCUCGGUGGGGCGCUCGGCGGAGCGCUCGGCGGAAACGAGGCGCGGGAUGCCAAGCGACGAAAGGUCACGGAAGGCGACGAUGUCUUUGGUCCAGCUUUGGGUUAA